AAGAAUAUAAAAAAAAAUUGAAUCAAAAGUUGACUUUUAAAUAUUUGCUUUAUUUAAAUUAGUCAAAGAAUCAAGUAUAAGAAAUUUUUGGUAUCUCGAUUAUCGUAAAUAAUAUGUCGAAGGAAGCUGCAAAAACAUGUAUGCGAGUCGCCCGGCCUGUGAUGUCCGCAAAUAUGGAACAAGCACACACGCGUGUUAUAGGACUGUAUAGGGCGUUCUAUCGAUACAUUCCUUAUAUAUUAAAAUAUUUCGACAUCCCAAAGAAUCAUGAGGACUGUCGAAAAAAGAUACGAGAAAAUUUUUAUCGUAACAAAAAAGUCUCUGAUGUUCGGGUCGUCGAUAUCUUAGUUAUCAAGGGUUAUAUGGAAUUGAAAGAAGUAACCCAUCAAUGGCAACAAAAAAGUUACGUUAUGUCCAAUUGGAAUCCCACUGCGGAGCCAAAACCGAAGACGUUCGUUGAAAAGUUUUUGGCGGGAGUUGAUUAACACAAAAUAAAAUAAACAAUGAA